CAUAGUCCGAUUGAUGCUGGAUGAUGAUGGCGAUCGUUUUCCCAGUGCCACCGCUGAGUAUUCUUUUGCGGGCCGUCGAGAGGAAAAGUAGAAAACACACUCUCUGCCCCGUGCGGGAUUUCGACGAGUCGUUAAUGCGCGGUGUCAAUAGUGGUACGGGACGGUUCUGACGUUCUAGCGUUUAUUGGGUACUUGUGCUUUUAUUUUUGUCGAAAGUGAAAUGUUCUUAGCGAUAAAUGGAACCAACAAUGUGACCUGAAAAAAAGAUUUGGCGAUGCUCAGUGAAUGUAUCGAUGGUGAUACUAAUGAUACCUUCGGUGAAGUUCGCUUUUUAUAAGAAGGAUAUCAACGCUGGUGAUAUUUUGGAGUAUAAAUAAAGAAGAAUAGUGUUUUGUACAUAUAAUUGCUGAACCAUUAAUUUGCUGAGAGAUUAACAAUACUGAAAAAUGAGUAUAAAAAUAUUGAUUGUUGUGGUUUUGCUGUCCCUGGUGAAGGCGGCGUCCAAAUAUUAUGACGGCCCGAUUCGGCCGUACGAGUUUGGCUUCAACAUCGAAGGUCACCAGCAUCGGAAAGAAUCGAAAGAUGAAAACGGCAUUAUCAUGGGCGAGUUCGGAUUCAUCACAGCCGACAACGUAUACCACGUGACAGUGUAUGCCACCGACGAAAAUGGUAAUUUCAAAAUAAUCAGUAUGAAGAACUAUAAAAUAGGACCCACUGCCGCACCUACAUUUGGUCCUGCUCCGCGGACACCGAUCAGAUCCAUCGGUGCGACAACCUCGACAACUCCGCAACCAUUUAGAAUAAUAACCACUGCCAGACCACUAACGACUGCCCAGCCAUCCGGGUUUGUCGCUUGUGGAGGGUGCAAAAUACCCGCAACAACGACUACCACCUCGAAACCGAUCCCAACAGAAGAUCCUCCACCUGAAAGCAGUACUCAGAUUGCUCCUCCUUUCAGGAUUGUGAACAAGAACGACAUAGAAAGUAUAACUACAACAACAGCCAGUACAUCACGAUCGGUUACAACAACCACUGCCACACUUUCUAGCAACCCAUCGAAAUCCGACCCUGCAGAAACUCCACAAAAGCUUGUAGAGAAGCAACAAAACACGAAAUCUUUCAAUUCUAAAGAGUCGACAAAAUCGUCUGAAACCCCCGACAAUAUGCAAACUCGUAGCAGACCAUCCCCUGCGCAAUCCCAGCAACAGCAGCAGCAACAGCAACAACAACAGCAGCAAACACGAACAUCGACAUCGUCAAACAUCGCCGCUGGCGAUGAUUACCGCCGUGAUGAUGAGAAAAAAUCAACAACUAACACGAAACCAUCGUCGAAUCAAUCGUCGACGCCGUCAGGUGGAUCUCAAAAAAGCUCCUCCCCGGCGACGAAGCUCGACCGGUUGAACACUGCCAACAUGAUGAUCCAACACAUUCUAAAUGGAUUACUGUACCGGUUUAACUACACCGUUGGCUACCACGGUCACCACGAGCAGGGUGACCGCAAGGGUAACAAAGAGGGUGGCUACUACACGAUCGGUCGGGAUGGUAUCCGGCGUGGUGUUUCCUACAAGGCGAACGAAUUCGGCUUCCAGCCACACAUCACUUUCGAGAAGGUCAGCCCCGAGGAAACGCCCCGUGAGGAAACGGAAAAACAGGCCGGACUGAAAGGGUUCGAUUUUAAGUGGUUCUGGGGCGAGUCAUGAGGAGAAAGUGAGAUCUAAGCACGUGAAUGAUUGCAGGUAGAUUAGCGUUGUACGUAAGCUGAAGAGCAAAAUACUCAAUUCGUUCCAAUUUAUGUGUAAAUAUUAGUAGAAAGUGUUCAUCAGUGAAGUCUACCAGACCAGCGAACGGACGAAUAUUACUUAGAGAAUCAAUUAAAGUAACAGCUGCAGCUAGGUCUAAAUUAUUUUGUUAUACUCUGAAACAUCUUUCUCAGUUCACGCAUUAUUUAAGGACUGUAAUCAAUACUUGAAAUAAAUACAAGAAUAAAUUUUUAAAUUCAAU